CUGCCGCCCCCGCCCCGCCGCCAUGUCUGACCAGGAAGCGAAACCUUCAGCCGAAGACUUGGGGGAUAAGAAAGAAGGAGAAUACAUUAAGCUCAAAGUCAUUGGACAGGACAGCAGUGAAAUUCACUUCAAGGUGAAAAUGACAACGCAUCUCAAGAAACUCAAAGAAUCAUACUGUCAGAGACAGGGCGUCCCCAUGAAUUCACUCAGGUUUCUCUUCGAAGGUCAGAGAAUUGCCGAUAAUCACACUCCAAAAGAGCUGGGAAUGGAGGAAGAAGAUGUGAUUGAAGUUUAUCAGGAACAGACGGGGGGGCAUUCGACAGUCUAGAUCUUCAGUUUUUUUUUUUUUCUUUUCCCCCUAAUCCUUUUUUAUUUUUAAACGAUAGUUCUUUUGUAAUGUGGUGUUCAACACUGAAUUGAAACUGGCACCCCGUCUCUGGGAGUCUGACUUUGGAGCGUCUGGCAUUUUGAAUUCUCGUGCUCAUUAUACACUAUCAUUUUGUUUUCAUUGUGCUGAACUCUUGUGAUCGAGCCGCGGCCCCCCCCACCCCCUCCUCCUCCCCCCCUUUUUUAAAACACCAGAAUGCAUAUACACACAAACACACACACUUUCACCGGGCUCAUGCAUUGCACGCUUGAAGGCGAUCGGGUCUACCGGCGUAUGUGUUCUUAAUCGACUUUCAUCCGGGCCCGGCUUCUGGCUUCCCUCCUGGACUAUAACUUUCCAUGGGAGACGGAAGUGGUUUCUGAGGACUGAAAUGCGGAGAAGUCACGUCUCCAAAAUCCGGAGCUGUCUCAAGCCCGGCCUGGCGGUCUGGAUCAGAAGGGGGGGCCUGCAGAGAUGGCUUUGCCGAAGAGACACAGAAAAUGUUUUAAGAUUUUUUUUUUUUUUUAAUCUUGGCAGAAGUUCCCAGAAAAAUUCUAAUUCCUUCUAGCAAUUAAUAAAAGUUUCAUGCAGAAAUGUUGGCAGCAGAGAACUCCUAGCUCAUUUUGACUUUAUUUGUACUCUCUGGCCUGGGACAUGGGUUUUAAAUGGACAUUGUCUGUACCAGCUUCAUUAAAAUAAACAAAAACGUUUGUAAAAA